UGAAGUGCUUAGCUAUGCCCCAGCCUCACUUAGACCUACUUUAUAGUUCUUUAAAAGUUGCUUUGAGUGUUCUUAAGUCUGUUUUUUGGCUUUAUCCUUUCUCUCUCCCCAUUACAUUUAGAGCUCACCGAAUGCAAGCAGUGUCUCUCCCUUCAGAGUGGGAUCUACCAAAAGGUCACUUAACAGGAUGAGAACCUCAAUGUAUUGGCAGCUGCUGUUGUUACUUUCUGUACCCCCAUUUGGAGAAACUUUAGACAAGUUUGCUCCUGUUGAGAACCCUGGACACACAGGACAGUCAGGCCGACUCCUGGCCCACUUGAUUCCCUGGGAAGGGAGACCUCGGUGCCCUGAGAAGCCAGAACAAAAAGGACAGACACAGAGACUGGCCCUGCUCUGUCCCUCUGAUGAGGCCUCUGACCCCUUGUGGCCAGGUCUGUGUCCUACUCGCAGCCGACUGAUCACAGCACCCCAAGGAGCAUUGUUGGUGGAGCGGGAAAAGGACCUGUCAGCCUACAACUGGAACUCCUUUGGUCUGCGUUAUGGGAAGCGCCAAACAAACAGGGGGAAGGCCCAGCUGCCUGCUUGAUAGAGUGUCCUGGCAUUUGAAAUAAAAUUUCAACCUGGGGCAAGGGUUUCAAGAAAGAGGCUGGAUUUUUGGGGGAGGGAAUGGGAGAACAAUGUCCUGGAGAUAAAA